AUGGCGGCAGGGUCCACUACGCUGCCCGCAGUGGAGAAGCUGCAGGUGCGUCUGGCCACUAAGACGGACCCGAAAAAGCUAGAGAAAUAUUUGCAGAAACUCUCCGCCUUGCCCAUGACGGCAGACAUCCUGGCGGAGACUGGAAUCAGAAAGACGGUGAAGCGCCUGCGGAAGCACCAGCACGUGGGCGACUUUGCCAGAGACUUGGCGGCCCGGUGGAAGAAGCUGGUGCUCGUGGACCGAAACCCCGGGCCUGACCCACAGGACCCUGAGGAGAGCGCUUCCCGACAGCGCUUCGGGGAGGCUCUUCAGGACCGGGGAAAGGCCUGGGGCUUCCCAGAAAACGCGACGGCCCCCAGGAGCCCAUCUCACAGCCCUGAGCACAGACGGACAGCACGCACAACACCUCCGGGGCAACAGAGACCUCACCCGAGGUCGCCCAGUCGCGAGCCCAGAGCCGAGAGAAAGCGCCCCAGAAUGGCCCCAGCUGAUUCCGGCCCCCAUCGGGACCCUCCAACGCGCACCGCUCCCCUCCCGAUGCCCGAGGGCCCUGAGCCCGCUGUGCCCGGGGAGCAACCCGGGAGAGGCCACGCUCACGCCGCUCAGGGUGGGCCUCUGCUGGGUCAAGGCUGCCAGGGCCAACCCCAGGGGGAAGCGGUGGGGAGCCACAGCAAGGGGCACAAAUCGUCCCGAGGGGCUUCGGCUCAGAAAUCGCCUCCUGUCCAGGAAAGCCAGUCAGAGAGGCUGCAGGCGGCCGGCGCCGAUUCCGCCGGGCCGAAAACGGUGCCCAGCCAUGUCUUCUCAGAGCUCUGGGACCCCUCAGAGGCCUGGAUGCAGGCCAACUACGAUCUGCUGUCCGCUUUUGAGGCCAUGACCUCCCAGGCAAACCCAGAAGCACUCUCCGCGCCAACGCUCCAGGAGGAAGCUGCUUUCCCUGGACGCAGAGUGAACGCUAAGAUGCCGGUGUACUCGGGCUCCAGGCCUGCCUGCCAGCUCCAGGUGCCGACGCUGCGCCAGCAGUGCCUCCGGGUGCCUAGGAACAAUCCGGACGCCCUCGGCGACGUGGAAGGGGUCCCCUACUCGGUUCUUGAACCCGUUCUGGAAGGGUGGACGCCCGAUCAGCUCUACCGCACAGAGAAAGACAAUCCCGCACUCGCUCGAGAGACAGAUGAAUUAUGGAGGAUUCAUUGUCUCCGGGACUUCAAGGAAGAAAAGCCACAGGAGCACGAGUCUUGGCGGGAGCUGUACCUGCGGCUUCGGGACGCCCGAGAGCAGCGGCUGCGAGUAGUGACCACGAAAAUCCGAUCCGCACGUGAAAACAAACCCAGCGGCCGACAGACAAAGAUGAUCUGUUUCAACUCUGUGGCCAAGACGCCUUAUGAUGCUUCCAGGAGGCAAGAGGAGUCUGCAGGAGCCGCUGACCCCCGAAAUGGAGACAUCGAGCCAGCCCCCAAGCCCGCAGGAAGCAGCCAGGCUCCCUCCGGCCUCGGGGACGGCGACGGCGGCAGCAUUAGCGGCGGCAGCAGCAAUCAGCACGCGGCGCCCGCGGACAAAACCCGAAAACAGGCUGCCAAGAAAGUGGCCCCGCUGAUGGCCAAGAGCGUUUUCAGAAAGUUAGCCAAAGCUGGAGCGAAGAAGGUCCCCACCAGAGAGUUCUUCUCCACCACGACAGUGUUCCUGAUCAUGCCUUUCUUCGAACAAGGGCAGCUGGGCAAGACUUGCCAUGGGAAACCCUCUGGCGAGAUGGCGGCAGGGUCCACUACGCUGCCCGCAGUGGAGAAGCUGCAGGUGCGUCUGGCCACUAAGACGGACCCGAAAAAGCUAGAGAAAUAUUUGCAGAAACUCUCCGCCUUGCCCAUGACGGCAGACAUCCUGGCGGAGACUGGAAUCAGAAAGACGGUGAAGCGCCUGCGGAAGCACCAGCACGUGGGCGACUUUGCCAGAGACUUGGCGGCCCGGUGGAAGAAGCUGGUGCUCGUGGACCGAAACCCCGGGCCUGACCCACAGGACCCUGAGGAGAGCGCUUCCCGACAGCGCUUCGGGGAGGCUCUUCAGGACCGGGGAAAGGCCUGGGGCUUCCCAGAAAACGCGACGGCCCCCAGGAGCCCAUCUCACAGCCCUGAGCACAGACGGACAGCACGCACAACACCUCCGGGGCAACAGAGACCUCACCCGAGGUCGCCCAGUCGCGAGCCCAGAGCCGAGAGAAAGCGCCCCAGAAUGGCCCCAGCUGAUUCCGGCCCCCAUCGGGACCCUCCAACGCGCACCGCUCCCCUCCCGAUGCCCGAGGGCCCUGAGCCCGCUGUGCCCGGGGAGCAACCCGGGAGAGGCCACGCUCACGCCGCUCAGGGUGGGCCUCUGCUGGGUCAAGGCUGCCAGGGCCAACCCCAGGGGGAAGCGGUGGGGAGCCACAGCAAGGGGCACAAAUCGUCCCGAGGGGCUUCGGCUCAGAAAUCGCCUCCUGUCCAGGAAAGCCAGUCAGAGAGGCUGCAGGCGGCCGGCGCCGAUUCCGCCGGGCCGAAAACGGUGCCCAGCCAUGUCUUCUCAGAGCUCUGGGACCCCUCAGAGGCCUGGAUGCAGGCCAACUACGAUCUGCUGUCCGCUUUUGAGGCCAUGACCUCCCAGGCAAACCCAGAAGCACUCUCCGCGCCAACGCUCCAGGAGGAAGCUGCUUUCCCUGGACGCAGAGUGAACGCUAAGAUGCCGGUGUACUCGGGCUCCAGGCCUGCCUGCCAGCUCCAGGUGCCGACGCUGCGCCAGCAGUGCCUCCGGGUGCCUAGGAACAAUCCGGACGCCCUCGGCGACGUGGAAGGGGUCCCCUACUCGGUUCUUGAACCCGUUCUGGAAGGGUGGACGCCCGAUCAGCUCUACCGCACAGAGAAAGACAAUCCCGCACUCGCUCGAGAGACAGAUGAAUUAUGGAGGAUUCAUUGUCUCCGGGACUUCAAGGAAGAAAAGCCACAGGAGCACGAGUCUUGGCGGGAGCUGUACCUGCGGCUUCGGGACGCCCGAGAGCAGCGGCUGCGAGUAGUGACCACGAAAAUCCGAUCCGCACGUGAAAACAAACCCAGCGGCCGACAGACAAAGAUGAUCUGUUUCAACUCUGUGGCCAAGACGCCUUAUGAUGCUUCCAGGAGGCAAGAGGAGUCUGCAGGAGCCGCUGACCCCCGAAAUGGAGACAUCGAGCCAGCCCCCAAGCCCGCAGGAAGCAGCCAGGCUCCCUCCGGCCUCGGGGACGGCGACGGCGGCAGCAUUAGCGGCGGCAGCAGCAAUCAGCACGCGGCGCCCGCGGACAAAACCCGAAAACAGGCUGCCAAGAAAGUGGCCCCGCUGAUGGCCAAGGCAAUUCGAGACUACAAGGGAAGAUUCUCCCGACGAUAA